GUUAGCUGCCAGCUGUGGUCAAGAGCCCGCCACUCCAUGCGCGAUGCUGUUCUGGACUGCGCUCAGCCUGGCUUUGAGUUUGCGGCUGGCACUGGCGCGGAGCGGCGUGGAGAGCAGUGCCACAGCAUCAGCCCCCCAGGGGGACCUGUUGUUCCUGUUGGACAGCUCAGCCAGCGUGUCACACUAUGAAUUCUCGAGAGUUCGGGAAUUCGUGGGGCAGCUGGUGUCUGCAAUGCCUUUUGGCCCUGGGGCUGUGCGUGCUAGCCUGGUGCAUGUGGGCAGUCGGCCGCACACAGAGUUUACUUUUGACCAGUACAGCUCAGGCCAGGCUGUACAGGAUGCCGUACGUGUUGCGUCCCAACGUAUGGGUGACACCAAUACAGGCUUGGCACUGGCUUAUGCCAAAGAGCAAUUGUUUGCCGAAGCAGCAGGUGCCCGGCUAGGGGUUCCCAAGGUCCUGGUGUGGGUGACGGAUGGAGGCUCCAGUGAUCCCGUGGGCCCCCCUAUGCAGGAUCUCAAGGACCUGGGUGUCACCGUCUUCAUCGUCAGCACUGGCCGGGGCAACCUGUUGGAGUUGUCAGCGGCUGCCUCAGCUCCUGCUGAGAAGCACCUACACUUUGUGGAUGUGGAUGACCUUCAUAUCAUUGCUCCAGGACUUCGGGACUCCAUCACUGAUGCGAUGCAGCCAGAGCAGCUUCGUGCCUCAGAGAUUCUGUCCAAUGGCUUCCGCCUGUCCUGGCCGCCCCUGCUGACUGCGGACUCUGGUUACUACGUGCUGGAGCUGGUGCCCAGUGACAAACUGUCAGCCGCAAGACGCCAACAGCUGCCAGGGAAUGCCACCAGCUGGAUCUGGACCGACCUCAAUCCAGACACGGAUUAUGAAGUAGCGCUGCUGCCCGAGUCCAACGUGCACCCUCUGCGGCCCCAGUACGUGCGAGUACGCACGCUGCAAGAGGAGGUCGGGCCGGAACGCAUCGUCAUCUCGCAUACCAGACCGCGCAGCCUCCGCGUAAGCUGGGCCCCCGCGCUCGGCCCGGACUCUGCUCUCGGCUACCAUAUCCAGCUCGGGCCUCUGCCAUGCGGCUCCCUGCAGCGCGUGGAGGUGCCGGCUGGCCACAACAGCACCACCAUCCAAGGCCUGACUCCCGACACCGUUUACCUGGUGACUGUGACUGCCGCCUUCCGCUCUGGCCGCGAGAGGGCGCUAUCCGCUAAGGCUUGUACGGCCUCGGGCGAGCGGACCCGCGCCCCGCAGUCGGUGCGGCCGGCGGCCAGACCGCCCGAGCCGUGAUCGG